AUGUUUCUUGGUUUGUGGGAUCUUCUCGUUGCGCCUGCUCUGCCCGUCGUUGCACGCGCCAGUUUGUGCGAUGCACAUGGGGCAGCGACUGGAUUAAUGCAGUUCGCGGUCGGCAAGGAUGGAACGGCUGAUAUUGUGUUCGAUCCUGUCCGUGAUGGCAUAAUGGUCUAUUCUGAGCCGAAGACAGGAUGUGGAUCUCUCGAGUGGUCCGCAGGUCCCAUGCUCGAACCGCCAUGCCGUGUCAGACAUGGGCGCGGCACGCGGGCAAUUAUGUGUCACGCCGAGUCCUGCGCCACUGAUUUUCUGAACAGUCGCCCACCAGGCAGCAGGACGUGGGUGCUCUCCUCGAAUCGGAAUCCGUUCGAGAUGCGCCCGUCAGCCCUAUUCCAAGAAAUAUACGGGCAUUGGACUGCACACGACAUCAUGACAGCCAAUGUCAGCACACUGGUCGAUCUUUUCCACGCGAAAUAUGGCAAAAGCUCUCCCAGAUGGUGGACAAAACACUUCUACGAUACCUUUGGAUUGAACAUCACCGCGCAGCCGUUUGACUUCCAGAACAAGUUUCUGCACGUGGAACACGUGUGGAACAGCAGGCGGCUCUCAGUCAUCAUUGUGCGCCUUGAGGACAGCCAUCAGUGGAGCGAGAUAUUGGGACGCUUCUUUCCGAAGAUGAGGCUCGUGACCGCAAACGAGAUGGCGGCCAAGGGAAGCAACGUGCUGGCAUCGAGGUACAGAGAGUUCCUGAACGCCCUUAGCUGGACAGACACGGAGCUGGAUUUCAACAGCCGGACCGAAAGUUUUACCCACUUCUACACGACAGAGGAGCAGCGGGCGUUCCUCGGGGCAGCCCGGAGCAGAGGCAUGCCCUCGGCGGGGGUGGCGGCCGCAAGCGCGGACGGCCACGGCGACGUGGCCCUGGGGGACUCCGGGGCGUUGCCGACGUGCUGA